UCAUCAAUUGAGAGGAGGAUUUCCCAUUUAUGGAGAGGAGAGUAUAAGAGGAAGAUUCUUUGUUUAAGGGGAAGAGAACAGUUCACGAAAAAGGAUAACAGGGGUGGCUUUGCAAAAUGUUACGAGAUCACAGAGUCAAAGUCGCACCAUGUAUUCGCUGGGAAAAUUGUGCCAAAGUCACUGAUGGCAAAAAGCAAUCAGAGGGAGAAGAUGACCCAGGAGAUUGCGAUUCACCAGACCUUGAAUCACAAACACAUCGUUGGCUUUCACGGUUUCUUCGACGAUACUAAUAAUAUUUACAUUAUCCUGGAACUCUGUCGUAAAAGGUCGAUGAUGGAGCUGCAUAAGCGCAGGAAAGCACUGUCGGAAUGCGAGACACGAUACUUCAUGAAGCAGAUCUUGGAUGGAGUUUUUUACCUGCAUCAGCAUAGAAUAAUUCACAGAGAUUUAAAGUUAGGCAAUCUGUUUUUGAACGACGAUUUGCAAGUCAAGAUCGGUGAUUUCGGAUUGGCAACCAGAUUGGAGCAUGACGGUGAAAGAAAAAAAACUGUCUGUGGUACUCCGAAUUACAUCGCACCGGAAGUGCUCACGAAGAUCGGACACUCGUAUGAGGCUGAUGUAUGGAGUAUUGGUGUCAUAAUGUACACUCUACUUGUGGGUAAGCCGCCUUUCGAGACGUCAAGCCUGAGGGAAACGUAUUCUAGGAUCAAACAAGUGCAGUACAAGACACCGCAACACAUUAGUAAACCUGCCAUGAACAUGGUGGCGAACAUGUUGCAACUGAGUCCCUCAAAACGUCCGUCCGUUGCCAAACUGAUGAAAGACAGCUUUUUUAGUUCUGGUAAGACAUCAACAAUUAAAAAAAGUGGAAUUGUUCAAUAG